AUGUUAAAGAGGCAGUCUCUCGCCAUUCUCUACAGAAUCGCCCCACGAUUCGAUUCACAAACCCUAAUGUCUGCUUACACCGAUCCCCUUUUUGUGCGAUCGCUCCACACUCGAUCCAUCGCGAACAGAACGGACGGAGAUUUCGUUAGCAGAAUCAAUCCCAUUGGAAUUUACAACAAUAGCAGCAACAGUAGUCGCUCUCAUGGCGGAUUGUUCAAGGUUGAUAAAGGCGGAAAGCCCAAUGGAUUAGCCAUUAGAAGUUGUUUUGAUUCUCACAAGAAGGCUGAUCAAAAGGCGCGAGCUUUAGCUCAGCAGCAUCGCCGUGGCCUGGGAUCUGGUCCGAGUGAGGAACGCGGCGGCGGAACCACCGACUUAGCGGAUGGCCGUGGUGCGUAUCUGCGUAGUAGCACGACGAGGUUCCCAGGAAAUGAUAAGAUAGUUGUGGCUGUUGACAUAGAUGAAGUUCUUGGAAACUUUGUCUCGGCCCUUAACAGGUUCAUUGCGGACCGCUAUUUGUCUAACCAUUCAGUCUCAGAAUACCACGUCUACGAGUUCUUCAAGAUAUGGAACUGCUCUCGCAAUGAAGCCGACUUACGUGUCCAUGAAUUUUUCAAGACAUCAUAUUUCAAGAAAGGGAUCCAUCCUCUUCCAGGUGCCCAUAAGACUCUACACAAGCUAUCAAGAUACUGCGACAUGUCAGUUGUGACGUCACGGCAGAAUGCGAUAAAGGAUCACACACUUGAGUGGAUCGACAUACAUUUCCCGGGACUGUUCAAACAGAUUCAUUUCGGGAACCAUUUUGCUCUUCAUGGAGAGUCUAGACCAAAGUCUGAAAUCUGCAGAUCAUUUGGAGCAGAGAUAUUGAUUGACGAUAAUCCGAGAUAUGCGGAGGAAUGCGCCAACAUUGGGAUGAAGGUUCUUCUCUUUGACUAUGAGAAUUCAUACCCUUGGUCUAAAACCGAGUCUGUGGAUAGACAUCCUCUGGUGACUAGAGUUCAUAACUGGGAAGAGGUGGAGCAGCAGAUUCUCUCAUGGGUGGUUUCAAAGUGUCGAAGCAAUGUAUAA